AUGGCGAAACCAGCGAUCAAAAUAGCCUCCAUUUCUGGCUACUCGGGAGAUCGUCUCGAUGCCCUAGUAAAGGUCUUGUCAGGGCCUAUCCAAGUUGACGCAGUAGUGGGGGAUUAUCUGGCAGAGAUGAACCUAUCCUGGCGCCGAAUGGAGAUGGAUCAGGACUCUUUAAAGGGCUCCGAUCCGACGUUUCUCAAGAUUCUUCAAGCCGCAUCCGAAGAACUUGGCAAGAGAAUCGAGGCGCGUACGUUUCCCAAGCUGGUCGUCAAUGCUGGUGGUCUCAAUCCUCGGCAGCUUGCACUUGAUACGCACCACUUUCUGGCUUCAGAAUUCGGAGACCUUGGAAAGGCCCUCAAGGUUGCGUACAUCACCGGAGACAAUGUCCUCGAUAUCAUACGAAACCCGGCAGAGAGGCAGGCCAUCUCCCAUUUGACAACUACAAAGACGCUAGACAGCUGGCCUUACGAACCCACCAUUGCUAACGCAUACAUUGGUCAAUCUGGAUACGUGGCCGCCUUGAGAGCUGGUGCUGACGUUGUUAUCGCCGGUCGCACAACCGAUGCGAGCAGCACGCAAGCGUUGGCCACAUGGUGGUUUGGAUGGGGCGAGCAAGAUUACGAUAACCACGCAAUGGGCCUUGUAACAGGUCACAUUAUAGAGUGUGGAAACUAUGCGACAGGGGGAAACUUCUGCGGCUUCAAGCAUAUACAUCCGUAUAUAGACCUGGCGUACCCAAUCGCCGAGAUACACGACGACGGGAAAUCUGUCAUUACCAAGCAGCCCGGCCAAAACGGCUUAGUCAAUGUCGAUACUGUUCGAAGCCAGCUCAUGUAUGAGAUUCAGGGUAGGUACUACCACAACCCAGAUGUGAUAGCGGACCUAUCUCUCUUGACUGUUAAUCAAGAAGGACCUGAUCGCGUUCAGGUCAGCGGGUUCCGCGGUCUGCCUCCUCCGCCGACGUUGAAGACUGCGAUACAAGCCUUCGGUGGAUAUCAAGCCGAGAUCCUUGUGUAUGCGAUCGGCCUGGAUGUUGAGGAGAAAGCUGCAUCAUUCGAGGCUAUGGUUAGAAAAGACCUACUUGGCGAAAACGGGGGCGAUGAGAGCAAACUUCUUACCCUCGAAGUGCAACUCCUCGGUAGAUGCUCCCCUGACCCUACAUCGUCCAAUGCCGCCACCGCAGUCAUUCGAAUCUUUGCUCAAGCUCCCGAGGAAGAAUCAUUAAACCGCAUGAACUUCGAAUACCGCGUUGUUCAGAGUCUAGGACAGGCCUUUCCGGGGUUUACGCCAAACCUGGAGUACACACGCACGAGCCGGCCUCGACCUUAUCUUGAGUACUUUCCUGCAUUACUUGAUCGUUCGAGGAUCAAUGUCCAGGUUCACCGGAUCGACUCUGAACGAGUGCUCUCAGUCCCUCACCUCAACGGUCCAACAACAAGCCCGGAAGCUUCGCGGCAGGAGAAUUACGAGACAGCAUCACCGGUGAAUGCUGAGACAUUUGGGUCAACCAUAAAGAUUCCGUUGGGGUACCAAGUCUUUGCAAGAUCCGGAGAUAAAGGGGCAAACAUAAACGUCGGCUUUUUCCCACAGGGAAACUCCGAUGCAGAGUGGGAUUGGCUGCGAUCGACACUAACAACAGACAAGCUGCUCCAGCUCCUAGGAGACGAUGCUCGAGUGGUAUCUCGAGUUGAGCGAGUAGAGUUCCCUAAGCUCCACUGUGUUCACUUUGUUCUCUUUGACAUUCUCAAGGGAGCGGUGACGGGAACUUCACGGCCGGACAGUCUCGGAAAGGGACUCGCAGAAUUCAUCAGGGCGAGGCUUAUCGACUAUCCCGAGAUGCUAUACCGUGGAGUGGAAAACAGGAUUUAA